AUCAAACACUCUUGCACAUGCCGCUUGCACAUCAGCAUCACAUGGCUGCACACUCACUGCACUUUCUCUCUCUACAGCUGCUGUGUGUAUCCUGUGAAUGCGGAUCGGUGACCUGUUACUCUUUGCAGUAAGUGCUCGUGGUUUUUUCCUGAGCGUCACGCUCUCUGCACACAACAGCAGCAGUACGAUCUGGAAAAGACACGGCGGCAGAGAAAAAAACUCUCCGCUACUCCUGCUGCAGCUACCGCCCUCGCCCAGAGCAUCCUCAGACGUGGGAGCAGUAGAAAUGGCUGCGGCAACGGCCUCGCGACGCCUCGGGAAAAUACUUCCCUCCAGCACGGUCUUCUUCGCGUGCGACGUCCAGGAGCGAUUCCGCGACCUCAUCCACAACAUGCCAGCGGUCAUCUCUACUGCAAAGUUCAUGCUGGACGUCUCUCAAGAGCUGGAAGUGCCGUGCAUCGUAACCGAGCAGUACCCGAAGGCGCUGUUGCACACGGUCCCAGAACUCAAUGUCGGCAAUGGCCCCGACCAAAUCAAUGUCCCAAUCUUUGAGAAGAAGUUGUUCUCAAUGUGCACCAAAGAGGUGGAGGAAGAACUGAAGAAAUUACCGGACAGGAAAGACGCCGUGCUCUUUGGCAUCGAGGCUCACGUGUGUGUCACCCAGACGUGCCUGGAUUUGCUUGACCUCGGCUACGAAGUCCACGUUGUCUGCGAUGGCGUGUCAAGCCAAAAACCACACGACCGAGCAGUGGCGCUGCAAAGAAUGCAGCAAUCGGGGGCGUUCUUGACGUCGGCGGAGCAAGUGACCUUCCAACUCCUCCACACGGCCGAAAACGAAAAGUUCAGGGCCGUGUCCAACUUGGUGAAGAAGCGCAACGCCGAGGGUAUAAACACGUUUUCCACAAUGUCCACCCUCUAGGAGAGUGUCGACUACUUGUCGAAGGGAUGGUGGCUUGUAUGUGACCGAUUCAUGCCCUGCUGCUGUCAAUGGCUCUGCUGUUCUCGCUCUGUACGCUUCGAGGGUUGCGGACUGCUUGUGUGAUGGGGUAAUUGUUGGGCAAAGGCAAUGUCUGUUUCGGGCCACUUAAUUGUGCCCCUCGAGAGAGAGAGAGAAGGGGGGGGG